AUGCUCAGGUCCGUGCAUGUGGUUCCUACGCUCAAAAACCAGCAGGCGCUAAUGGACAAUGGCCUCACGGGCUUGUACUCACCGACGGGCUUUAAGGUCGCGUGGACGGACUACCAGCAAUUUUUGACCUUGAACCUCACUAUGGCAACGGUUGGAACUGAAUACGAGCUCAAGAAGCCGUUUGACAUUGUGGUGAUGUCCAGCAUGAAAGCCCACGAGAGCACCGCCUUCCACUACGCGUCCCAAGCCCACAACAACCAUUUGUUUUUCGAACAGUUGUGUGAUUCCGCGUCUAACAGGUCCGCGCCGUCGCGUACGUUGCUUGCUAAGCUCGAAAGCUCCUUCGGCUCACUUGACGCCUUCAGAAACGAGUUUUUGUUGGCCGCAGACACCUUGAUGGGCCAGGGCUGGGUCUUCCUUGUAGAAGACAAGUCCAAGCGGGUGAGAAUCAUGACCUGUAACAACGACGGAACCCCAUACGCUGACGGCAGACACCACGAACACGACUUGAACGGGCCGAUCGAUGAGGCCGCCUACGAGUUUGUGACAAACACCAAGCAGGGCUUGCAGGCCGGUGAUAGGCAGUUCAAUUUGCCGCUUGUGUGUGUGAACGUCUGGGACCAUGCGUACAUCCAAGACUUUGGCGUCAACGGUAAGGCUGACUAUUUGGAGGCGUUCUGGAAGGCACUCAACUGGGACGUGGUGAACGCUAGGUUGUACUCCUUUGAAAAAUAG